AUGCCACUCCCUGACACCGAUGAGAUGAUCCAGGCUCGUUGGGGCCCCAGGGAACGGCUGUUUCAUCAAUGGAGCCUCGAUAACUCGAAGGCCAUCCUAGAUACGCUAAAGUUCGAGGCCAAAUGGAAUGCCUUUGACCUCCUGCUUCAGAAACGAUGGCCCAGUGAGAAAGAUCGGAAAGAUUACUACACAUGGUCUCGCGAGUGGAAUGGGCGCUUUAUGCUCAGAAUGUCCUAUAAGUGGUCUCCUAAAGAGUUCAUCAACACAGUCCUCGCCACCGACUUCCUCGAGGCAGCGGGCUCUAUGAUACAUGACCUUUGGUGGGCCAUGGAUACUUACAACUUAUCUUCGAUUCCAAUCGGCUACGCAAAAUUCGGAGGUGUCGAGUCCUAUUACGCUUUCGAGCCUGCACAUAGGCUCCUUAAGCCCGACUGUAACGAGUCUGGACCAUCUAUUCUGUUCAAAGACAUUCUUGCUAUUAACGUAAAGUUCGACAAAGCCCGUACGCUUUCAGUCUCUAGUGGCUCUCCGGAAACCACUGGAUUAUCUUUGAGCGCUCCAGAGAUACCCUCUAAUCUCGCAAGGCCUGAAAAGCCUUACCUCCGUCCCCGUGCCUUGACUGGUCCUGAACAGCAACCAGACCCUGUCGAGCUAGCUCGAAAUGAGAUUGACCCCAAUCACUUUGUCUUCGCUCAGCUGGGUCUACUCUACGUAUAUGGAGGGGAAUAUGAUCAUGCUAAAGGUUGUGGCGUUGAUGUCUUGUGGGAAGGACCAUGGUGGCGAAAUGACCUGAGAGUGGUAGUUCGACUCGACAAUAAAGGCAAGCCGGGAGCGGUCUAUGUUCUUUAUCAUCCAAACAGCACUAUCGACGUUGAAGACUACGAUGACGAAGUGGAACUUGCACCCGAGGCCAAAGAUCAUGUUCCCGGACGACUUCACCCGCGUUGCGAUGAAGGCUUUUCUCUGGCUAAGAUUGCGAAUAGCCUCGAUGAGCUAGGACACUUUGAUAAAGAGUUCCGCUUUCUCCCCAUCACCAAAACCACCUGUGUGAUCCAUCGCGCACAAUUCUUGGAGCACCAUGAACAGGGGCUCACCAUUGUGCCUGCUCUUUCUCUGCCUGUUGAGGUCAACAAAUGA